AUGCUGAGAUCGUUGUUGCAAAGUGGCCACCGCAGAGUGGCUGCUUCUUCGUGCGCCACCAUGGUGCGUUGCAGUUCCUCGUCGACCUCCGCUUUGGCUUACAAGCAGAUGCACAGACACGCAAAAAGGCCUCCCCUGCCCAUCCUGGAGACCCCUUCCUGGAGUGCCAACAGUGCCGUGUCCUCGAUCAUCUACGAGACCCCAGCGCCUUCCCGUCAACCAAGAAAACAGCACGUCUUGAAUUGUUUGGUGCAAAAUGAGCCCGGUGUCCUGUCCAGGAUCUCCGGGACCCUGGCUGCCAGAGGCUUCAACAUCGACUCAUUGGUCGUGUGCAACACCGAGGUCAAGGACCUAAGCAGAAUGACCAUCGUCUUGCAAGGACAAGACGGCGUCAUCGAGCAAGCACGCAGACAGAUCGAGGACCUAGUCCCCGUCUACGCCGUCCUGGACUACACCAACUCCGAGAUCAUCAAGAGAGAAUUGGUCAUGGCCAGAGUCUCGCUGUUAGGUACAGAAUACUUCGAGGAUCUACUAUUGCACCAUCACACUUCCACAAGCGCUGGCGGCGCCGAUUCCAACGAAUUGGUCGCGGAAAUCAGAGAAAAGCAGUUCCACCCUGCCAACUUGCCUGCCAGUGAGGUGCUAAGGUUGAAGCACGAGCAUUUGAACGACAUCACUAACUUGACCAACAACUUCGGGGGUCGUGUCGUCGACAUCAGCGAAACCAGCUGUAUCGUGGAAUUGUCCGCCAAGCCCACCCGUAUUUCCGCCUUCUUGAAGUUGGUCGAGCCAUUCGGUGUGCUAGAGUGUGCCAGAAGCGGCAUGAUGGCAUUGCCAAGAACUCCCUUGAAGACAAGCACCGAGGAGGCCGCUGAUGAAGACGAAAAAAUCAACGAAAUCGUCGACAUCUCCCAAUUGCCCCCUGGUUAA